CAUCCGCGGAUAUCCGGCGUGUGGGACCUGCCAUUUUGUUUUAGACCGUUCAAGGGUAUUCAGCCAGUGAACGAAACAGACUAAAUCAGCAUGUAUCGCUUCGCCAAAGCUGCUCUGAACCUCACAGGUCAAGGUUCUCGUCAGAUUGCUGUGCGAAAUAGCUCAACUCUGAGCCCAGACUUUCAUUCAAAAUAUGGCCUACCUCUGCUGAUUGGCGGUGCCACAUUUUGUGCUGCAAUCUGGGGCUAUGUAAUCACGUCAACUGGCAUUGCAUGGAAUCUGUCUCCUGUGGGCAAGGUGCAGCCUAAGGAAUGGAAGGAGUAAAUGAUGCCACCCAGCAGUUUUCCUUUUGCCUGGAAAUAGAGAAAUGGAUCAACCCAAAACAUUCUGAACUUUUUCCAUGUUUCUAAUGGAUACGCUGUGUACCUAAGCCCUGUCCUUUGGCUUGGCAUGUCUGUAAAAAUGUAAUAAAUUAAUUAACACAAUG